AUGUCUGACGGUAAGGUUUCUGCAACGCUCCCUGAUGACUUUUUUUUUGCUGACCGGUCAGCCGAUAUCGAUGCCGUGCGCCGGCUUCAAGCCGAGCGUAACGCCGUUGCUGCUCGGAAGAAGGGUUCGAAGACUUUCGAUGCAGCUGACCAACGCACUGAGUCGACUAAGGCUUCCCUCACCGAAUCCUUUGAUACAACCUUGUAUGACCGCGAUGGGGCCAACAAAUAUGCCGGCUAUGAUACCUCCAUUGCAGUAAACGAAGAUGAAGAAAUGGAAGAUGCCAAUGAAGGCCACAAUCUUGUGGGACAAUACACCGCGACUCGAAGCCAGAUCGAUGAGAUGGCGCAUGGUCAUGGAGUCGAGGAAGAAGACAUCCUAGUAGGCCGUGAGAAGUCAGCGCGCAUCACCGAUCGCGAGACAGACUACCAAAAGCGUCGAUUCAACCGUGGACCCCUCACCCCGACACGCGCAGACCCUUUUGCUGCCAACACGCACGCAAACGCAACCAUGGAGGGUAAUGGUCAAACCUACCGCGAGAUCAUGGCCCUUAGAGAGCUCGAGAAAGAAGAAGAGCGUGUCAAGAAGCUCAUCGAUGAGAAGCGUGAGAAGGGCGAAGACGUGACUGGGUUCGAUGCUACCUUGAAGAUCGAAAAUGGCGAUAAGGAAAAUACCGAGGCCGGCUCGACUGUAGAUGCGAAUACCAGGAAGCGGAAGAAGCGCUGGGAUGUCUCUCCUGGAGCGACUGAAGUGACUGAAGAGAAUGAGUCGAAGCGUGAGGAACCCAAGCCCAGGGCCAAAAGGUCUCGGUGGGAUGAGGCACCCGCCCCCGCCGCUGUUGCCGCGGAUGCUGCUGUAAAGAAACCCGGUCGUUCUCGAUGGGACCAGGCACCUCCUGUCACCGCCGCGACUCCUGUUGGUCACCAGGGACUCGCUACUCCCCCUCACCCUUCUCAAGCUGCAACCAUGGCCCCCCCCACCUUCGGUACUGAGGCCUCGAGUCGAUUCGCACCUUGGUCCGACGAGGAUCUUGAUAUGCUGCUACCAACUGAAGGUUACAAAGUUUUGACACCCCCUCCGGGAUACGAGCCUCUUCAAGUAGCUGCGCGCAACCGAAUGGCCCUCCCAGCUGCUACCCCGGCCGCGAUUGGAGGUUUCAUGAACCAGCAGCCCGCGAGUAUUCGUUCAAUGGGCACCGAACUUCCCACCGAAAUCCCUGGUGUUGGUGAUUUGCAGUUCUUCAAGGCCGAGGACAUGGCGUAUUUCGGAAAGCUCAUGGAAACAGUUGAUGAAAGUACCUUGAGCGUUGAGGCCCUGACCGAGCGGAAGAUCAUGCGACUCCUCCUCAAAAUCAAGAACGGCACAGCUGCUAUGCGGAAGACUGCUUUGCGACAGCUCACAGACAAUUGCCGCAAAUUCGGAGCCGCCGCUCUAUUCGACCAGCUCCUCCCGUUGCUCAUGGAGAGGUCUCUCCAAGAUCAAGAACGCCACUUGCUGGUGAAGGUCAUCGAUCGAGUCCUGUACAAGCUUGGUGAUAUGGUUCGCCCCUACGUUCACAAAAUCCUCGUCGUCAUCGAGCCUUUGCUCAUUGACCAAGACUACUUUGCUCGUGUCGAGGGUCGUGGAAUCGUCUCCAAUCUUAGCAAGGCGGCAGGCCUUGCGACUAUGAUUAGUGUCAUGCGACCUGAUAUCGAUCACAGCGAUGAGUAUGUGCGCAACACUACGGCGCGAGCCUUUGCCGUCGUGGCAUCUGCCCUGGGUGUCCCAUCUCUCUUGCCGUUCCUUCGUGCCGUUUGCCACAGCAAGAAAUCGUGGCAGGCUCGACACACUGGCGUCAAAAUCAUCCAGCAGAUUCCUAUUCUGAUCGGUUGCGCCAUUCUGCCUCACCUGAAGGGCCUCGUCGCGUGCAUCUCUGACUGCCUGAGCGAUGAGUCGGCCAAGGUCCGUUCAGUGACCGCUCUUGCUGUUGCCGCACUUGCUGAAGCUGCCAAUCCUUACGGUAUCGAGAGUUUCGAUGAGAUCCUGAAUCCUCUCUGGACAGGUGCACGCAAGCAGCGCGGAAAAGGCUUAGCCAAUUUCCUCAAGGCUGUGGGAUACAUCAUUCCGCUUAUGGAUCGCGAGUAUGCCGACUACUACACCACCCAGAUCAUGGAGAUUCUCACUCGGGAAUUCUCUUCCCCUGAUGAGGAUAUGAAGAAGGUAGUCUUGAAGGUUGUGUCGCAAUGCUCUUCCACGGAGGGUGUUACCGCCGCUUACCUGAAGGAACAUGUCUUGAACGAUUUCUUCAAGGGUUUCUGGGUGCGUCGUAUGGCCCUCGACCGACGAAACUACCGCCAGGUCGUCGACACGACCGUUGACCUCGGCCAGAAGGUCGGUGUAUCUGAGAUCGUGGAACGCCUCGUCAACAAUCUGAAGGACGAGAGCGAGCCUUAUCGCAAGAUGACUGUCGAGACCAUUGAGAAGCUCGUCGCUUCCCUUGGUGUGGCAGAUGUCGAUGAGCGUCUGGAAAUGCAACUCAUGGACGGCAUGCUUACUGCUUUCCAGGAGCAGACCAUUGAAGACGUCAUCAUCCUGAAUGGCUUCGGCACCGUGGUUAAUGCUCUUAAUACUCGUGUCAAGCCGUAUCUGGGUCAAAUUGCCAGUACGGUCCUUUGGCGCCUGAACAACAAGUCCCCUAGUGUCCGCCAACAGGCAGCUGAUCUGAUCGCGCGAAUUGCGCCGGUUGUGAUGCAGUGUGACGAGGACGUGAUGCUGAACAAGAUCAGUAAUGUGCUUUACGAAUACCUGGGUGAAGAAUACCCUGAUGUUCUGGGUUCUAUCUUGGGUGCCUUGCGAUCUAUUGUGACUGUGAUGGGCAUCCACCAGAUGCAGCCUCCUAUCCACGAUCUUCUGCCUCGUCUCACUCCCAUCCUGCGAAACCGUCACGAGAAGGUGCAGGAAAACACGAUUGACCUGGUUGGUCGUAUUGCCGACCGGGGCGCCGAGUCUGUCAAUGCGCGUGAGUGGAUGCGUAUCUGCUUCGAGCUGCUGGAUAUGCUCAAGGCCCACAAGAAGGGUAUUCGCCGCGCCGCCAACAACACAUUCGGUUUCAUCGCCAAGGCCAUCGGCCCCCAGGAUGUCCUGACCACUCUUCUCAACAACCUUCGCGUGCAGGAGCGUCAGUCGCGUGUCUGUACGGCCGUCGCCAUCGCUAUUGUCGCCGAAACUUGUGGCCCUUUCACUGUGAUCCCCGCCUUGAUGAACGAAUACCGCGUGCCUGAACUCAACGUGCAGAACGGUGUCCUGAAGGCCCUGUCGUUCUUAUUCGAGUACAUUGGUGAGAUGGGCAAGGACUAUGUCUACGCCGUUGUUCCGCUGCUCGAAGAUGCCCUCAUCGACCGCGACCAGGUCCAUCGUCAGACCGCUUGCAGUGUCGUCAAGCACAUGGCUCUGGGUGUCGCGGGUCUCGGCUGCGAGGACGCGAUGAUCCAUCUGCUGAACCUCAUCAUCCCGAACAUUUACGAGACCAGUCCUCACGUCAUCGACCGGGUCAUCGAAGCCAUCGAGGCCAUCCGCAAUGCAGUCGGUACCCCUGUCAUCAUGAACUACACCUUUGCCGGUCUGUUCCACCCUGCUCGUAAGGUCCGCGAGCCUUACUGGCGCGUGUACAACGACAUGUACGUUCAGUCUGCAGAUGCGAUGGUCCCGUACUACAUCGACUUCACCGAAGAUAUCAUGCCCCGCCGUAAAGAGUUGUUCAUCCACCUCUAG